CGGGAAACAGCCAUCGGUAAAUGCACCCAGGCAUGACUCUUGCUUCAAAAGUUGUUGUUUUUUCCCGGGGCUGUUCGCGUUUCGUUUUGUUCUGCUCGCUGUUGAAUUUGAAGCGUUAGCCCGACUGAGUAGCUUUCAACUUUGGAUAUGAACAUGCCUCAAACUGUGAGCGCAAACAAGGUCAGCCAGGUUUUUGCUGCUGCUGGCCAGGCCUUCAAUCGUCUUGGAGAGCUAACAAUGCAGUUACACACUCAAUAUGAAGCAGUCCCAGGUUCAAAAUGGACAGAAGAAGAAGUGGAGAUGCUGCGACAAGCUGUACAACAAUUUGGAAAUGACCUUGAAAAAGUUAGCUCUGUUAUCAAAACCAGAACUAUGAGCCAAGUCAAACAUGCUAUAAAACGAAAAGUAUUUAAUGAAGCAGGAGUGCCAAUUGCUCCAAAGCAUCCGGCAAAGAAUCCAGUAUCUACCGGUAACAAGCGUCCUGCACCUGAUACUCCAAAAAAAAUACCAAAUAAAGAAAAGAUUACUCUUAUUGAGACUCCAGCAUCCACCGUGAUACCAAGCAAAAAGCAAAAGCUCUCCUCACCAGUGGAAACUCUUAAUGACAAUCUUUCGAAUCCACCUAUUGAAGUGCCAGAAGCCAUAAUUACAGAACAAGUUGUAACAGACUCUGUGGUUGAAGUUGAUGUAGAAAAUCUAGACGAGUCCUCAUCAUCACUCAAGAAACUAGACCAAUUUAUCAGUUCACAGCCCAAGAUACCAGGCGACAUGUCAGAGUCGGCUGUCAGCAACCCUCCACCAUUACCUCCAUUGGAUCUUGAGCAGACAUGAGUGAGUUUGGACGUCAGGGUUGAAAGAUGUAAGAGCUAAUAUCCUAGAAACACAAAGCUGUUUUCAUAUGUUGUUGGUCUUCUCCUUCAACUUUUGUAGUACACUAGAAUGGAAUAAGUCUAAAGGGGACUGGUCAAUCAAAUGAGACAGUCGGCCGUCCCAAUCAAGCUGCUUCUCAUUAAUAUUGACUAUCAUAUCCAACCUUGCCUUUUCACUGGACUAUAGGCGGAGGACAGCUUUAAGAUGGUAAAUCUUUUGUGGAUCAGGGUUUUUAUUGCGUAGUGUAAAUUAAAGAUAAAAGAUAACAAAAAUUAUUGGGGGGGGAUUUGAAGUUACAAUCGUGGUGUUUUCAAAACCACUGGUGACUCUGGGCCAGAUGAGGUUUGCAUAAUGGCCAUUGGCAAUGCAAAACUUAUCUGUUUCUAUUCUCCAAAUAUUUGAAUGUUAUUUUGUAUUAGUGUUGUUAAAUUUAUUCCUUUAGUAAAUGUGUUUGUGGACUAUG